CUGUUCCUCCCACAGACACAGACACAAUGAUGGGGGCACCAUUCCUCCCAUAGACACCAAUAAUGGGGUACUGUUCCUCCCACUGACACCAAUGAUGGGGCACCAUUCAUUCCACAGACACCAAUGAUGGGACAUCAUUCCUUCCAUAGACACCAAUGACGAGGGGCACCAUUUCUUCUAUAGACACCAAUGAUUGGGCACCAUUCCUCCCACAGACACCAAAGAUGGGGCACCAUUCCUCCCACAGACACCAAUGAUGGGGCACCAUUCCUCCCCCAGCAGACACCAUUCCUCCCACCAAUGAUUGGGCACCAUUCCUCCCACAGACACCAAAGAUGGGGCACCAUUCCUCCCGCAGACACCAAAGAUGGGGGCACCAUUCCUCCCACAGACACCACAAAGAUGGGGCACCAUUCCUCCCGCAGACACCAAAGAUGGGGCACUCAUUUUUCCUUUAUUGCCAACAAUGGGGCACUAUUCCUCCUACUAAAAUCAAUGAUGGCAUUGUAUACUCCCACUGAUGCCAGGCAUUUUCUAUACCCACUG